ACUUGUUCAACCAUCAUCCUCAUCUUACAGUUGUUGAAUUUAAUCUUGCAACCAGUAUGACCAGAUUCACACUAGUUAUUCUAAUCUAUUUUACGGUGCUACUACAGAUUAAGUGCGAAAUUCAAUGUGGCGUUCCUACAAUUAUAAAAAACCAAUUAAUCGUUAAUGGCCUAAAUACAGCUCCUGGUGAAUUCCCAUGGCAUGCUGCCAUUUACCAUCGAAAAUCAACUACCGAGGAGUAUAAAUGUGGUGGAACUUUAAUUAGCAAUUGGUUUAUCCUGACUGCAGCCCAUUGCGUGACAACUGGGAAUGGCAACGUUCUCGCUACCGAAUCCGUUUUUGUGAAACUGGGUGUCCAUGAUUUGAGAAAACUGUGGAAAAAAUCAGCUCAGCAACAUGACCUCACCAAAAUAAUCAAAGAGCCUCGGUUCAGCUCUGAAACAUUGACACACGACAUAGCUAUGCUGAAGCUUGCAUCGGAAGCUGAAUAUGAUAGAUACGUCAUACCCGCGUGUCUAUACAAGGAAGAUGAUCUGCCAGGACAGCUCGGAACGGUUAUUGGGUAUGGAUUAACCGAACAGGACGUUUUGGCUAUGGUAUUGAAGAAGGCGACUAUGCCAGUGAUUGGGUAUCCGGAGUGUUUGGAAAGUGAUCGAGAUUUUUUUGCUCAUAGCUUGUCAGAUGGGGUAAUAUGUGCUGGAUACACAAAUGGCACUGCUGCAUGCAAUGGAGAUAGUGGUGGUGGAUUGUUCAUACAAAAGCAUGGUGCAUGGUAUUUAGGUGGAAUUGUUUCCCAUACCAGGAAGCGAGCUGAUAAUUCAUUAUUUUGUCAAACUAAAGGAUAUGCAAUCUACACGAAAAUUACAAAAUAUUUACCAUGGAUUCACAGUACUAUGCGUAAAACAGUACGGGAAGAUGGCCUAACCUCGGCAAGCACUAAUUCAGACCGAGUGGUGUCCUGCUACAUAUCAACGUGGGCCGUCUACCGGAGUGGAUCUGGAUCAUUCAACUUGGACCAGGUUGACCCUAAACUAUGCACACAUGUCAUAUAUGCUUAUGUCGGAUUAGAUACAGAGAACAACACAAUUAAAACACUAGACCCGUGGAAAGACUUAAAGGACAACUACGGUUUGGGUGGUUUCGAAAAACUAGUCGGUAUGCGUAAUUCCAACCCGCACCUGAAAGUAAUGAUUUCGUUGGGUGGUUGGAAUGAGGGUUCCGUGGAAUAUUCUAAACUGGCAGCCAAUUCUCAAAGGCGGCAAACUUUUGCUGAAAAUGCGCUUGAAUUUAUAAAACGGCACGGCUUCGAUGGACUAGAUAUAAACUGGGAGUACCCAACGCAACGCGGUGGUAAACCUUACGAUCGAGAGAACUUCGUUCUGCUCGUCAGAGAACUAAGCCAAAAGUUUUCAAGAAAUAAUCUCCUAUUGACCUCAACCAUUGAAUCUAAACAAUAUACAAUAGACGCGGCCUACGAUAUAAAAAACCUGGUCAAGUACUUGGAUUUGUUGCACAUCAAAUCAUAUGACUAUAAAGGAAGCUGGAACAAGAAAGUUGGAUUCAAUGCGCCACUCAAGGGUGACGAUGUUCACAAUAUCGAAACAUCAAUCGAUCAUUUAAUAGCUUUAGGAGCCCCAAGAAACAAGAUUGUUCUUGGUAUACCUUUCUAUGGACGAACAUUUAUAACCGAAACAGUACCCGCAAAGAUAGGCGAUCCAUCGGAAGAAAUGGGCUUCUCUGGUCCUUACACAAACGAAAAUGGAUUCAUAGGCUACAAUGAAAUUUGCGCAGAGUUAAAGGCAAAACCAUACCUUUGGCAGAUAUCUUGGGAUACGAAUGCUGCAGAGGUGGUCGCCCAAAUGCAGGGCAGCAACAGUAGCAAAGUGAUUAUAUACGACAGCACUCGGUCGAUAGCCCUGAAGGUGCGCUAUGCCGUGCGAAAAAAUCUUCGUGGUGUAAUGGCCUUCUCCAUCGACAUGGAUGACUUCAACGGGAUUUGUAAUCCGGAAAAGGACACAUUUGUGGACUUCAGCAAUCAAUUGACUAGUUCACCUAUCAAGGACAAAUAUAAGCUACUACGAACAAUCAAUGACGCAAUUAUAGUAUCGGUUGGAGAAUUGAAUCAAGAAUGAAAACCUCAAAAAAGUAUACCUUAGAUAUAAAAUGGUAUGAAAUAUGCUGUGACUAGCAUUUAAGAAUUGCUAAUAGUAAUCUAAUGAAAUUAUUCUAAAAGUGAGCAGCAGAACGCUAUGUUAGUUAGUAAUAAUAAAAAAAUUAGAGACACAAUACAUUACAUUAAUAGAAA